AUGGCGUUCGAAGAUGAGGUUCAGCAGGCCACAAAUACCAUUGAAGAACUCGCACGCACACAGCUGCGGAGUCAAUUCCCGUACCUGAAGAUUGAAGCUCUCGAGGAGUUAUUAGCCGAAACUGCGAAUGUUAUCGUUUCGAGACUUGUCGAACAGAAGAAGGAAACCUGCGCCGCCCGGUCUCGCACAAGCUUCAUGUCGUUGUCGGCAGAACUACGCAACAUAAUCUACGAGAUGGCGCUCAAAGUCGAGGGGACAGUCAACGUGUCCCACCAGGACGUCGUUUGCCAGCACACGACACUGCUCCUAGCGAAUCGACAAGUCUAUGAGGAAGCACGCCCUAUCUGGUACGGUAUUAACAUUUUCAAGUGCCGAAUUGGUGACCCAGUGUUUUGGCGGCGUGCACAAGAUCCCGAGACGGACUUUGACUCUCCAAGAUCUGUCCGCAAGUGGCUGGAGAAUCUCAGAUCUGGUGCAGCUAUGGUCAAGUCAAUCACGAUGCGCACUUGGGGGUCGGAUACAAUAGGGUCAGCUUUGUCGAAAAUCCUGAGCUUUGGCGGUCGAGGUCUUGACUUCAAUGGUUUGACUGUGCAUCAAGGGGUGCUUAAGUCUUGUGGUUUGCUUGAUAGAGGUGUCUCGCCCAAGAUCUUUACAUUCUUGAUCCGCGACGGCCUGGAAGCAGGAGAGGAUCUGUACGAAGCUGCAGGCGUGAGCGGGGAGGAUCUUCUGACUGAAGAGCUGAUCAAGCGGUUGAGAUACAAACUGGGCUGCGCUGCAUCAAGUGAAGUGGAUAAGUGGGUCAAAGCGGACAUCGAGCAAACGCUUACUAUUCCGAAGCGCCUGCCUGAUUUGAAAGCAAACAUCGACUCGCAUGUUUUCCCUUCCGACUCAUACAACCUGCAGACUCACCACCCCCUCCUCUACCUACCGCACGACAAGAUGCCCUUCCACGAUGAGGUUGACGAGCUUACAUCGAGCAUCCGCGAAGCGAACGCGCUCCAAGUGCGUACUCAGUUCCCCUAUAUGGGAACGGCUACUCUCGAGAAGCUUCUUGACGAUUCUGUUGGUCGCCUGAAGCUCGGUAUACUGCAACAGGAAUCGGAGGUGCGAGUCAAGCAAUCACGCUCGAGCUUCAUGUCCUUAUCUGCAGAGCUGCGCAACAUGAUCUACGAGAUGGCCCUAUGUUCCAAAGAUGGAGUCCAUAUUCGCUGGGAUCGGACUCACAUGACUGGCCGACACCCUUACGUAUCGCUGGUAUCCGUAAAUCGGCAGAUUCGUGAAGAAAGUCUCACGAUCUGGUACGGCAUGAAUACAUUCAAACACACCAUCAGCUGGUUACCAGGAGAAAAUGCAAACUCUCGAACGUGUCUUUCGCGCUUCGGCAGGCCGGAAAACCUGAGCGCGUGGCUCAAGGAAGUCGGAGCCAAUGUGGCGCUGAUCAAGACGAUCGAGCUAACGUUGAGCCGCGGCCGCAGUUCAACCUGGUUGACAACACUGCUUAGAGCAAGCGACGACGGCCUUCUUGGUGCCGGCUUGACCGUGCACCAGACAGUACUGCACUUGUUUGGACUGUUAGAUGCGGGUCUAGCAGCUGAAGUCUUCCAGAUGAAGGUCGACGUUCGGGACGACUUUGGAGAACCCGAGACACUGGCAGACUUCUACGAAGUUGCAGGCAUAGACGGUCAGGAGCUUUUCACGCGUGAGCUUCUGGAUCGACUGGAGUGA